CUCAAAAAAAAAAUCGCUCUCCAAUCAGGAAAAGUAACAAAUUAAAUGUAAAAAAACGUCAGAAACCCUGCACUAUUUACUUUCCUUUCCAAUUCUCUCUUUCCUCUUCCUCUCAAAACGCCUUUCUUCUCUUUCUCUCUCUACCACCCCCAACUUUCUCUCUCUAAAACCCCACCCAUGGAUUCCAUGGCGUUGAUUUGCACCGUAGGUCUCCUCUUCGGAGGCCUGUAUUGGUUCGUCUGCGUCCACGGCCCCGCCGAGCAGAAGGGCAAGCGCGCCGUUGAUCUCUCCGGCGGCUCCAUCUCCUCCGAGAAGGUCCAAGACAAGUACCAGCAAUACUGGUCUUUCUUCCGCCGUCCCAAGGAGAUCGAGACGGCCGAGAAGGUUCCAGACUUUGUCGACACCUUUUACAACCUAGUCACAGAUAUUUACGAAUGGGGGUGGGGUCAGAGCUUCCAUUUCUCCCCCUCCAUCCCCGGGAAAUCUCACCGCGACGCUACUCGUAUUCACGAGGAGAUGGCUGUCGAUCUAAUCAAGGUCUCCCCUGGUCAGAAAAUCCUCGAUGUUGGCUGCGGAGUAGGCGGACCGAUGCGAGCCAUCGCCGCCCACUCCCGCGCCAAGGUUACGGGUAUUACCAUAAAUGAAUACCAGGUUAAACGAGCGAAGUUGCACAACAAGAAGGCUGGACUUGAUUCACUUUGUGAAGUUGUCUGCGGUAAUUUCCUUGAAAUGCCUUUUGCUAGCAACACCUUCGACGGGGCUUACUCUAUCGAAGCCACGUGUCAUGCACCCAAGCUCGAUGAUGUUUACUCCGAGAUUUUCCGAGUGUUGAAGCCCGGAUCUCUGUACGUGUCGUACGAAUGGGUGACCACAGAUAAGUUCAACGGCGAAGACAGCGAACACCGCGACGUAAUCCAAGGGAUCGAGCGAGGGGACGCCUUGCCGGGGCUAAGGCGGUACGAUGAAAUAUCGGAGGCGGCGAAGAAGGUUGGAUUUGAAAUCGUUGAUGAGAGAGACUUAGCGGCCCCUCCAGCGAAGCCAUGGUGGGACCGCCUUAAGAUGGGUAGGAUUGCAUACUGGAGAAACCACAUUGUGGUUACAGUUUUAGCUGCUAUUGGUGUUGCUCCUAAAGGAACGGUGGAUGUUCAUGAUAUGCUCUUUAAAACCGCUGAUUAUCUUACACGUGGUGGCGAAUCUGGCAUCUUCAGCCCGAUGCAUAUGAUUCUCUGUAGGAAGCCUAUUGAUGCGAAAUCUGAUUCUUGAUUUCUGAUCGUUCAUUUCAUCCUGAUUUCCUCCUAUAUUCGUUCAUCAUCAUCGACCGCUGAGAGUGGCUCAUCUUUUAUUAGAUUGAUUGAUGAGGUAAUUAUAUUAAUUAUUAAAAAGAAAAGGAAAAAGGGAAUUAAAUUUCGAAAAUAGUCUUCAUUUUGUGUUUCUAUUGUCAGUACUCUUGUUUCCUUUUUGUUUAGCUUUAAUUUUUUGUCAAUUAAAUUUGGUUUUGUGGUUCUUUUGGGUUAUUUAAUUAAAUUAAUUUAAAUUAUGUGUCGUGCUUAGUUCUUAA